AUGGGUGCGAACGAAAGUGCUACAGUUAAAGUGAAUUUCAAUCGAUCAAAUGCAUUCUAUUUUGGUGGCGAAAAAAUAACAGGAAAUAUAUCAUUUCAAAAUGUACAAAAUAAAGUUACAGUUGAAGAAAUUCUUCUCGAAUUAAUCGGUGAACUCGGCUAUACAACACAAGAGACGCGUUGGCGUCGCAAUAUGAAAGGAGGCUCACAUAAAGAACACUAUACCGAAUAUCAUCAUGAAACGUUUCUAAAAAUUCCAGUUUCAGUGGUUCGAUCUGCCCACGGAAAGAAGAAGUUGACUCUACGUGCUGGCUCUCAUUCGUGGCCGUUCGAACUUUUAUUACCUGAUUGUUUACCUCCAACAUUAGUUCCGUCUUCACCGGAACAAGCCUAUGUUAAAUACUACGCUCGAAUUGUACUCGACAACCCAUGGUCUUCACCGGACGCUGCACCAAUUUAUUCACUUAUCAUCUUUCCUCGUGUUAAUCUGCUUCAAAUGAGGGCCACUCAAGAGUUGGUGGAAUUUACUAAUCAUAAUCGUAAAAAAGUCGAAUUAAAGGGUUGUCUUCUUCGUGGUGGCAUCCUCGCUGGUCAAUAUAUCUCGAUUCAUGUCGAUCUUCAAAAUCCCAAACAGUGUCAAAUUAAACGAAUAGAAGCAACAUUCAUUCAACAUCGACAAAUCGCUAGUAUUCGUGAUCAACAAAUUAUAUUUCAUAGUAAUUUGCCUGGCAUAGAUAAAUUCCAAGAGACAAAUUUAAAACAGAACUUUGAUUUAGCUGUGCCUCCUGGAUAUUUAGCGCCAACUUAUGUAUUCACUGCAACAGAUAGUAAUGCUUUGUUUAGUAUUUUCAUUCAUUACGAACUGGUAUUAGUAGUGAAAACGAAUGGAAUUUUCACUGACUUUCAAGUGAACAUUCCAGUGUUUGUUGGCACAGAUUCAGUGCCGGACGAGCAACAUCAGCAACAACUUAAUGAUCAGUUUAAAACGUCUACAAAUGGUGGAUCUCUUUUCGAUAUGAAUGAUUUACCACCAAGUUAUGCAAUGGCAACUCGAAACGAACUUAAGAAAUGUUGA